UGACGAGUAACCUACUGGUCCAAAAAUCCGUCACUCUCACACCCAACUAGAUAUCGACUAACAAGCAUCAAGUAUGCCACGUUCCAAUAUAGAGCGAGUGUACGUACCCCUCGAAGACCUCGAGGCAAGCGUAGCUGAAGCGGACGAAGCGGAGGACAAUCUGGGGGAUAUCACCGAGCUGAGCAGAGAGCACAGGAAGACACCAGCUCCAUCUCAGUAUGGCUCAUCGGCAUCUGUCAGCUCUUCCGCAACCCAGGGAGGAUUUGGAGGGUUACGUAGAAGGCUGUCCAAGUCCUUUAGUGCACGGCCUUCAACAUCCAAUCUUUUAGAGCAGGUUUUGAUGAAGUCUGGUGCGUCCUUCGCGGUUGGUAUCCAGAUCUGCUAGCUUCAACACCAGCGCAGGCUACUUUCCUCACCCAAUCAGUGCGCCCUCGUUUAGCCGACUUCCUAUACCAUGGUCCUCAACAGGCGCACCCCGCGACAGCCGGGAGGCAGACAUGCUAUGUGGGUUGGCGAUGGGGUUAUCCAGUUAUGGUGCACCAUUAUACCGAGUAGAACACCGAAUAGCGCACGCUGCUGAGGAGUUGAACAUUCCCAUCUCACUAUUUUGCUUACCAACUACUUUAAUGGUCGCUAUCGGCGACGGAUCUGCACGACAUCCCUGCAGGGUCCAAUACUUGUCAUACUGUUACGCUGUACAUAUCGGAAAACUACACGAUGUAGACCAACUUGCUAGACGGGCUUCUAAGCUAGGAGUAUUCAACAAAGGUGGAUCGUCCAACUCACGCAGGAUGAGUUCGGCUAGCGAAAAAGGAAAGGUGUCUGUGUCGUCCAUGACGAUACAACACAGUAAUCGAGUAGCUGAUGCUGUGGAACUUGGUCGCGCCCCUGUAUCGGAUCGCCCAGAUCGCCCAUCAACACCUGAGAAACCAUCAGAUGUGGACAUGGACUGCUGUCUUGCAGAGUUGGAGACUAUCAUGACAUCUCCAGGGGACUAUCACCGUUUCUUACGCAUUAUGGCAGGGGCAAUGCAAAGCGGGGUGAUCGUGGUGCUAUUAUUCAAAGGCUCCUGGGCGGACGGACUAGCAGCAUUGUUUUUGGGAGCGUUCACAAGCUUUUGCCUCUAUUUGUCUGAUUUGUUUGGCCUCGAGGGAGCAGUCGAGUUAUUAGCGGCAAUGGCAGUAGCAGCAAUUGCCCGGUUCAUAGAGCCAUUUGGUUUCUGGAGUGCUAUUUCUGGUACGGGAAAGGGCCUUUGCCACGAAGUGGUUAGCCUUGGUGGGGUGUGUCAACUGUUACCGGGAACUGCUAUCACUUUAGGUAUGCUGGAGGUAGGUAGCUCGAACCCUGUGGCCGGAUCAGUGCGGAUGUUUCAAGCAUUUAUCCGAGCACUUAAACUUGGAUAUGGUCUGUCUACCGGGUCUCGCAUCGCCGUUCACUUAUUCGAACUCUUCGAUGCAUGGGAGGACUCAGGCAUUGAUGCAUGUCCAGUACCAGGAAGAACCGCCAUAGACUUCUGGCGGCUGCCACUAUGGAUUCCGAUGAAUAUUUCCAUCAUGAUCAAUCUUCGGGCAUAUCCGUGGCAAUGGCCACAUAUGAGCUUAGCCUCCCUCUUAGGCUACUGUGUCAGUUUGCUUGCGAGUCAAUGGUUCAACAGCGACAUUACCGCGGGUAUGGCAGCUUUCUCGAUUGCUAUGGCUGCAAACCUUUACGCCCGACGAAAGAAUGAGAUUGCGGUCGGAGCAACCUUGGCAGGCAUUAUCUGGUUGGUACCUGGUGGCAUUGGAGUGCGAGGGGUGAUGGCAGCGCUUGCAAAAGAUGCUACCUCUAGCGGGACGGCUUUCGGAAUAGAUAUGAUGACACGAGCAAUGUCAAUCGCCGUCGGAUUAUAUAUGGCAAAUGUUGUCGCGUUCCCUAUCAUAACUGACCGUACGGCUCGGGACGCCCUCAGAGACACGAUGAUGACUGUAUAGCAGUCUUCGUCAUGCACCGUCGUCUUUGUAAACUCAAAAUGUAUUUGCAAAUAUUGUUAAGGACAGGGUGAUAAAUUACAGAUGGUAGUUUGGAA